UGGAGCACUCCGCGAAUACAAAAUGGCCGCUACCGCUGAAUUUAUAACAAGAACCUUUGAAAGUUUGUUUGAGUUUUAUCAAAGCACUUGAUUUUGGUCAAGCGGUGUGUUGUUCAUUGCCACCUUCACUUAACUCUGAAAAAUGUCAACAUUACAAGAAAACUGUACAUUUCAUGUUUCGAGUUAUAUCUGGAGAUACACAAGGCAGAAUUUGACCAAGUACCUUGAUUUGACAAAACAAACAACCGCCGGGAGGCGGAAUAUCGCCGCCAUUUUGUAUCUGGUUUGAGGCGUCUAGACGUUCUAGGGGAAACGUAACACUCUACGUAAUUUGUAAAAUAAGUUUAAAUUGCCUAGGCAUGCGGCCUAUAUACAUUGUGACUGGCGUUCUAGCCGCUGGCGACCGAACUGAGCGUGUUGAAUUAGGAAAAGAGAGCAAGCAAGUUCAUAAAAACAAACUAGUUCCGAGCAGGAUUUUUCUUUGUUUACAAUCUAUAAUUGGCUCAACGUUAACCCACGCCGUCUUUGUUUGGAUUAAUUCUUUAACUUUAAAGGAAAGUUAAAUACCAAAUUAUAUGGUAGAUACAACAGAAAGUCGUUGGUACAGGAUCCCAUAACGUUCAUGCUUUCUGCAAACUCUUUAUCAUUAGAUAAAAGCGCUGCAGAGUGCAAGGAGUUGACAAUUUCCCGUCGGACGCCAACUUUGUUUCGAUUCAUUCCUAAACUUUACAACAAUAUAUCAAAUUAGAAACAACAGAAAAUUGUUGCUAUUGGUUCGUCAUAACGCUCAUGUCAACAAUUUGACAUUAUCCAGUUUGACCCUAGCAAGAAGGUUCAAAAUCCAUAAAUGUUUGUUUCUCUUUCAUAGUUUGAAUGUCGCGGGAAAUCACGCUUGGGGCGCUCCGCGAAUACAAAAUGGCCGCUACCGCUGAAUCUAUAACAAGAAGCUUUUAAAGUUUGUUUGAGCUUUUAUCAAAGCACUUGAUUUUGGUCCAGCGGUGUGUUGUUCAUUGCCACCUUCACUUAACUCUGAAAAAUGUCAACAUUACAAGAAAACUGUACAUUUCAUGUUUCGAGUUAUAUCUGGAGAUACACAAGGCAGAAUUUGACCAAGUACCUUGAUUUGACAAAACAAACAACCGCCGGGAGGCGGAAUAUCGCCGCCAUUUUGUAUCUGGUUUGAGGCGUCUAGACGUUCUAGGGGAAACGUAACACUCUACGUAAUUUGUAAAAUAAGUUUAAAUUGCCUAGGCAUGCGGCCUAUAUACAUUGUGACUGGCGUUCUAGCCGCUGGCGACCGAACUGAGCGUGUUGAAUUUGGAAAUGAGAGCAAGCAAGUUCAUAAAAACAAACUAGUUCCGAGCAGGAUUUUUCUUUGUUUACAAUCUAUAAUUGGCUCAACGUUAACCCACGCCGUCUUUGUUUGGAUUAAUUCUUUAACUUUAAAGGAAAGUUAAAUACCAAAUUAUAUGGUAGAUACAACAGAAAGUCGUUGGUACAGGAUCCCAUAACGUUCAUGCUUUCUGCAAACUCUUUAUCAUUAGAUAAAAGCGCUGCAGAGUGCAAGGAGUUGACAAUUUCCCGUCGGACGCCAACUUUGUUUCGAUUCAUUCCUAAACUUUACAACAAUAUAUCAAAUUAGAAACAACAGAAAAUUGUUGCUAUUGGUUCGUCAUAACGCUCAUGUCAACAAUUUGACAUUAUCCAGUUUGACCCUAGCAAGAAGGUUCAAAAUCCAUAAAUGUUUGUUUCUCUUUCAUAGUUUGAAUGUCGCGAGAUAUCACGCUUGGGGCGCUCCGCGAAUGCAAAAUGGCCGCUUCCGCUGUAUUUGUAACAAGAAGCUUUUAAAGUUUGUUUGACCUUUUAUCAAAGCACUUUGUUUUGGUCGGUGUGGUGUUCAUAGCCACCUUCACUUGAUUCUGAAAAAUUUCAACUGUACGAGGAAACGUUGAAUAAACUGUACAUUUCGUGUUCCGAGCUAUAUCUAGAGACAAACAAGGCAAAACUGUUGUGUUUGUUAUUGUUUUGUGGUGGCAUGGCAGGACGAUCCCACGCCAGGUAACAAUGACUGGUCUUGGCACCCACGCCGAUUUACAAAAUGUGUGCCCGACAAUUCACAUGUCAUUGUGUCUAUCGGACAUGUAAAUUUUGAUAAGAAAUAAGCCAAUCACAUGCAGUUUCCUUAUGACGAUGACCAAUCAUCGUUGAUGAUGCAAGUUUUGAAUUUUUGAACUGAACACCUAGCGUCAUUCUAAGUCUGACGAUUCUAGAGUGUGCAACGUUAACAUUUUCACCGUUUUACAAAAUGUCCGCGAUUUCUCGUACUGACAACCCCAUGGAACGAGGAGACAGCGAGAACCUUGCCAUCAUCCUUCAGGAUAUGGUUAGGAAGUUUGAGUCUCAAACCGCAGAACUGCAGGCACUGAAGGCACAGCUCCAGGAGCAGGAACGCCGGCAGGCUAAUCAAGAACCCCCGCGAGACAUCCGAGAGGACAGCCCGUCGCCAGGGCACGCUCGCCAACGCCGCAGGGUUCGGAGGAAAUCCUCUAUUCCAUCCACUUGCAGGGAUGCCGUGCGCAAGGUGUACCGGGCGAUGGAAGAAGGCGAAGGAGACUUUCAGGGCUUUCGGCUUACUGAACGUAUGGACUCAGCAGCCAACCAGCACAUUGUGAAGACCUUGAGAGACGAGGUGAUGAAAGAGCAUGGAGGGCCUGAGAAGUGUCCUUUUUCAUCAGCCGAACUGAAGGAUGCUGCCAAGAGGUACUAUAGAUCCAAGAGGGAUGACCAGGUGCGGGCCCAGAAGGGGACGUAUGCGGAGCACCGACACUCGGUCAAAAGAAACGGGAGGCAGCAACAGAAACUGGCGAGACGACGAAAGGCGUACAACCUGGCACGCGACAGCUGGUCAGAGAAGUCUAGGACACGGGCGGAGGAGACUCUCCACAAAGACUUCAUGUCGUCGGAGUCUUCCGACAGUGAAGUGGAGGGGCCGAAAACCUUCAAGGUCAGAAAGCUGGCCUGGGAGUCAGGAAAGAUGACCAAAAUCAAGGAGUCGCUGGACGCUGUCGUGCCACUUCGGGGCUCUCCUCGAAUCCCUUCUCGUGAGCUUUCGGACAGAAAAGUACCAGAGGGGACCCCGGAGUGGGCGAUCAGCAAAAGGUAUCAGAACGGCAGAGCACCAGCAACUGACGUUAGCGAGCUGAGACUGGAGUUGGAUAGCGAGUAGGACGACAGACAAUUAGGAGCAGAUUUUGU